UGCCAAGGAAGUGAGGUCACAUAAUAUGGCGGCUGGGGCUUAGCUGCGCUGAGGGAGGAUCCGGGUCUCGGGGAAUCUGCGUCCAUCCUCCCCACCCGGGGUGCGCUGUCGCCCCCGAAUCCCUCCGGCGUCGAGAGGCGGGGCUAAGGGCCGCGAUGGUCUCUGGCGUCGCCCUGCUCUGAGUCAGGGUCCCUCACGACUGGGUCCGGGUCCUGCCGAGCCGCCUCGAUGGAGUUGAGAGUCGGGAACCGGUACCGGCUUGGCCGGAAGAUCGGGAGCGGCUCCUUCGGGGACAUUUACCUCGGGACUGACAUUGCUGCUGGAGAAGAGGUUGCCAUCAAAUUGGAAUGUGUGAAAACCAAACAUCCUCAACUCCAUAUAGAAAGCAAAAUUUACAAAAUGAUGCAGGGUGGAGUGGGCAUUCCCACAAUCAAAUGGUGCGGUGCUGAAGGUGACUACAAUGUAAUGGUGAUGGAGUUGUUGGGACCAAGCCUUGAAGAUCUCUUUAACUUCUGUUCAAGAAAAUUCAGCCUCAAGACAGUCCUUUUACUUGCUGACCAAAUGAUUAGCCGAAUAGAAUACAUUCAUUCGAAGAACUUCAUCCACCGAGAUGUAAAGCCUGACAACUUCCUGAUGGGAUUAGGCAAGAAAGGCAAUCUUGUCUACAUCAUAGAUUUUGGGCUGGCCAAGAAAUAUCGGGAUGCUCGAACGCACCAGCACAUUCCAUAUCGUGAAAAUAAAAAUUUAACAGGAACCGCCCGCUAUGCCUCUAUCAACACUCAUCUUGGAAUUGAACAAUCUCGCAGAGAUGACUUGGAGUCCUUGGGCUAUGUACUCAUGUAUUUUAACCUGGGCUCCCUCCCCUGGCAGGGAUUGAAGGCAGCUACAAAAAGACAGAAAUAUGAACGCAUCAGUGAAAAGAAAAUGUCCACACCCAUUGAGGUUUUGUGUAAAGGAUACCCUUCUGAAUUUGCUACAUACCUGAAUUUUUGCCGCUCGUUGCGUUUCGAUGACAAACCGGAUUAUUCAUAUCUAAGGCAAUUAUUCAGAAACCUCUUCCACAGACAAGGCUUCUCCUAUGACUAUGUAUUUGACUGGAACAUGCUGAAAUUUGGUGCAAGCCGUGCAGUCGAAGAUGCUGAGCGUGAACGAAGAGAGAGAGAAGAAAGACUGAGACACACACGAAAUCCUGCAGUUCGUGGCUUACCUUCCACUGCCUCUGGCAGGCUGAGGGGGACACAAGAUGUAGCUCCACCAACCCCUCUUACCCCAACUUCACAUACAGCAAACACAUCUCCUCGGCCAGUGUCUGGAAUGGAGAGAGAACGGAAAGUGAGUAUGCGAUUGCAUCGUGGGGCCCCUGUCAAUAUCUCCUCGUCUGAUUUAACAGGCCGACAAGAUACCUCACGCAUGUCAACCUCACAGAUCUCAGAAGCCUUGUGCAAAUGAAUCAAAGCUAUUACUUGUUACAUUUCAUGCCGAAGAAGGAUCAAUAAGUGCUCUCCUUUUAUCCUUAGUACAGACUCAAUUUGUCCAAUAUUACACAUGGGCAAUGUAAAUUGUAGCCUUAGUCAUCAGUCAUUUGUUCUGUAGUGUCUAGUUGCAAAGUUGCACCCAUUUGGCAAUUUUGACAUGGCUUGAGCUGUAUUUUCAAAUAAAUUGCCAUUUAUGGAAAAUAGCUACCAGCUUCUGUCUGGUAUAAGUGACCAUCUGUAAUCAUAUCCGGUAUAAGAGGAGUGUGCUUAAAGCUACUGUAGCACUGAAAUUGUUAUGCCUGUGAAAUACGAGGUUGAAAGAGGAAUGAUCUGUCUUGCAUUCUUUGUAUUACUUUGUUAGGUGAUGGUACUAUUCAUACUAUUUUGAUUUUCUUGUAGAAUUUACUAAAGCUAGAAGUAAAAAAUGAUUUCCAAAUUAGCCCUGGGCAUGCAUCCUUGUUGAAAGUAUGGAGCUAAACUAGACUAGUUGUUGUGAAUGAGUCUGUACCUGACUGCAGUAAGCAACUUUCUUGACCAUGGGACAGCUAAUUGCAGAUUGUAACGUUUUGCCUACAGCAUGCAUUACUGGUUUAUUUUAAUAACCUGUGGCAUAUGUUCAGAGUAUUUCAGUUGAAUUACAGCACAGCUCACAUAACAGGCUGUAAGUGUAAAUUAAUGUUGUAUAAAAGAAAGAGUAUUUUUGGAAGAUAAAUGCAUAUCCUGCAUGGUUAUGCAGUGGAAUGACAAUUGACUCCAUUUUGUUGGUCAUUUUUUUGUUUGUUUCCAAACAGAAGGAAAAUGUUUGUCUGGUGCCUGAAGAGAGGAUAUUCACUAACAUUUGUAGCUUGAAACAUUCCAGUUUCUUACUCCAUUGUAGAUUCCCUCACAAUAUGUGUGACACACAACCAAAAAAGGCUUGGAUUUCAUGCAAGUCCUACAGUACUUUACAAAAUGAAGCUUUGUCUCAUGAAAGCCACAGCAGGGGACUCUAGGCUUUCUCAUUCCAAAAUAGUAGCUAAAAAACCAGUUGUGAAUUUCUGAACAGUGAUAUUGUUCAGGUUUGAUUCUAAGAGAAGGGUGUAUGUGUGAGAACCAGAGAACACACUAAAAUUUUGGGAAGGCCAGAUCAGGAGAAGAGCCAUUUGAAGGCAUUGGCAAAUUGAUCUUUGACUUUGUGUCAGUUGAAGAAAUGCUAAAGGAGCAAAAUGUUCCAAAGCUGAACAGGACAUAAAUGUGGAUGUUGCAGUUGGUGUUUAGAGCACCAAGCAUCAAAACUCAAACAGUCACAAAUGUUAGACAAAGGCAGCAGAUGACACAGGAGCUUUUAGUAGCUUUAAAAAUAGAAAACUCCAGUGGUGCCUGUUUGUUGGAAAGAUAAUUGAGGGUUAAAACUUUUUUCGUAAAAAGUAUAAAGGAGGAAAUGUGUUGAUUAUGGUUAGUUUGGAUUAACUGUUGCAGUAAGAAAAAAGAGAGAUUGAUUGUUUUACAUCAUGGCUAUAGUGAGUUCCAUUGACCACAUUGGGACUUGGUUUUUGAGUAAAGAUGCAUAGAAUUGUUCUUUGUUUACUUCACAAAAGUAAAUAAAACUUCUGGGUUUUUUGCUGUUGUUAUAUCAAAACCAUCAUAAACUUUUGUCUAUGACCAGUAGUUACUGCUAAAGGUAUGUUGUUUGACUCUAGCUCAGAACCAUCACAAUUCCUCAAAUGCUAAUAGUAUCUGAUACAAAGAGCAAAAACCUUUUGGGAAGACAGUCUUUAAUGUAGAAUAAUAUGGAAUUUCAAGUUUCAACUCCAUAGGAGCACAAAUUUUGUCACCCAUCACUAGUGUUUGCAAUAAAGUGAUUAAAGCUUAUUAUACUAUAUACUGAGGCUUCAAAAUCAAAGAUCCAGUCCUUAAACAACACAAGUAAGAUUUUCUGGAAGCCCAGAGUCUGUACCUAAUAGGCAUUCUUUGUCAUACUGAUUAUAAAUACAUUCUUAACGCCAUACUUUUGCUUGAUUUGAAUGCUAUCUCCAGUCUUAGGCAAAACAGAUGGUAGCUUUUUGAACGAGUCUCUGAAUCUCUUUUUCCUCUUGUUAAUAUCCAACAAAUGUCUACUCCAAGACAUGAAUAAGAGGUGUAUAAAGCAUAUUUCCCCCUUCAUUCAAUAUACACUGGCCAGAUUCACAGUGGAUAAGAUCUCCUUGAUCCCUACUCUAAGAUCCUGACAUUGAAUGCUGGGAUGGAGCUGGGGAAGAUGUUUCUCUCUAGGAUUUAAAUGAGUGUGUCCUGUGGGUGUAUUGCAGACUUGAUAAUUUUGAAGAAGAAAAAAUAAACCUUUUGGAGUUUUGAGACUAUCUCUUUUAUCUUUCAUCUGUAAAGCCAAGCUCCAGCAGACCUCGAAGGAAGAGGAAGAAAGUGCGUAUUUUAACAACUUAAAUGACCUGGAAUAAAGCACUUUUAGACUCUGA